AUGUCAGCUGGUCAACAGAUUUUCAUUGUGGCCUUCUUGUACUUUCUUUUUGGAUGCCGUGGAGACAAUGCGCCUCCGAUCUCAGGGCCUACGUACGAUGAGCCUGCCGACGUGCAGUGUGCACUGAGUCGCUUUACCAAUGUCCGCAGGAGUUGCAUUGCGCUGUCCACGUACGGGCAACAAGCCGAUGCGCGUGAAAAUGUCUCCAAUCCUGCCAUCGGGCUUCGCUUGGCGAUCAUGGCCAUGCUCAACGCAUGCAUGUGGCCGGCCUCCAAUCGGCCACUGCAUGUAGUCGGGCCGCCCUCGCCCCUCGUGGGGGAGCUGGAGCCUGUAGCCCGGUUCAUUUUCUCUGAGGCCACGGGGAUGCACGUCAGCUUUGUUCAGCAAUCGCCUGCGGAACGGCAGGCCUUGCUCUUGGAAUCUGCUGCACCCACCGCCACCGCCGGCUUCGACGCGCUCAUCGCCACGGACAUUGAGUUCGGAGGAGCAGCGCAGAUUCCAGGGAAGCUUGUGGAUCUGUCGAACAUCGUGAUUCAUGACCUGCUGCUACAGUGGAACUAUUUGCCGCCCGCCCUCAGGUCGGCGGCCAUUUACGGCGGCGCCGUCAAGGCGCUGCCGCUGUCGUCGGCGCCGCUGCUGCUCCACUACCUGCGUGACGUCUUCGAACGGGACGGCAUCCUGGUGCCGCAAACCUGGGAGCAAGUGGCCGCGCUAGCGGAGCGGUACCACGACCCGAGACCUGGGGGCAUCAAGGGCAUCUGCGUCAUGCCCCUCGGGUGCGGCGCAGAGAGCUUCGUCUUUCGUACAAUCUUGGCCAGCUACAUACAGACCCAUGGGCCGACUCACGGAUUGCUGUGGGACCCAACCAGCCUGGAGCAGCUGCUUAACAGUCCGGCUGGGGAGCAGGCGCUUGAGAUCUUCCGUCGUCUGGUGGCUGCGGGCCCCGCGAAGCCACCCGCACCCGAUAGCUGUCAGGGCGACCAUUUCAUUCGCGGUCAGUGCCUCAUGGCCGUGUCCAGCGGAUACAUGUUCAAGAUGGGCAACCUGCCGGGUAACCUCUCCGUUGUACGGGGUCGCAUGGGCUUCGCGCUGCUUCCGGGAUCUACACGGGUGCUGGACCGGGCCAGUCGGCAACUGGUGCCCUGCAACCGCAGCAGCUGUCCUUUUGCAACUGAGACUGUCCUGGAGGAUGACGGCACAGUCGCGCUGGUCAAUCGGCCCAUCUCCUCAACCAACACCCUCGUACUGUUCAACGGCAAAUCUCCCGUACAGUACCAAUACGGUGCCUACCAGUUGUUCGCCAUGUUGGUCAGCGGCUCGGCCAUGGGCACCAGCGGCGGGCUCCUAAUGGGACCCAACGAGCUGCUCCCCAAGAGCUCCGAGGACCUUUCCCUGGAGCUCGUGUCGCGAUGGGCGGCCCGCGGUUACGACAGUGGUGACGUGUCCCGCUUCCUGACGGCCUACCGGGCCACCCUUGGCAGCGCCAACACUUGCCCCGAGCUCAAGAUACGACUGGCGCCCAAUGUGACUAAGGCUCUCCAAGACGCUGCCGCAGCCUACGUCUUCCAAACUCCGGCUCAGCCGCGCACCCGGUCUCAAGUUCUCACGGAACUGGAGGCGGUUCUGAAUGCUGUGGUGGCGGCGGAGCCCUCUAGGACAGACUUCGCGGUGCAGUACCGGAGGUCCCUGAACUGGCAGGAGGCUGUGCCACCAGGCCACCCGAGCGGUAGCGGCGACAUGGACGCAGCUGCCGCUGACAGUCCCCCCCGGUCCGGCGGCGCUGCUAGCCCCUCAGGAUCUAAGUCCCAUGGCACCGGCAGCAGCAGGAACGGCCGCCGCGUGGUGUACGAAAUUGCGCUGCCGUGCGGCAGUGCCGUGGCCGCGCUGGCGGCCGGUGCGGCAGCUUUCAUUGCCUGGCGGCGGUCCGGUCAAGGGGGGUCUUCUUGGGCCGGAGUACGGCGGCGGGGCCGCCGGUCGAUGGGUGACGCCGUGAAGGCUCCUGGCGACUCCACUCGCUUGUGGGAGAGCCUGCCUGCCCACGUCAUGGACGCUGCCCUUCAGAUCCACCACCGUGUCGUACGACAGACGCUGCUGAUGCACCGAGGUUACGAGUCAGCCACAGAGGGAGAUUCCUUCAUCUUGGCCUUCAAGGAUGCGCUGAAUGCGGUGGCCUUCUGCGUACAGACACAACAGACGCUGCUAGAGGCCACCUGGCCGGAUGAGCUCAUGGAGCCCGUGUACCCGCCCUCCCCCGAGUCCCCGUGCUGCUCACCGCGCUGGGAGCUGGCGGUAUCGGUAUCGGGGGCAGAGGCGUGGCCCGCGGCGGAGGUGGCCAUGGUACAAAAGCCGCUGUCUGAGGUGUUGGGCACCAACAGGAAGCAGCUGAACACCGCGGUCCGGUCGCCCAUCCCCUCCAUCUUUGCCGUCGCACGGAGCCGCGAUGGCCGCGACGACAUCCACAUGGCCUCCGAAGCCAGCUCAUUUUCGUCGUACAACGUGUGCCGCAACGCCGCCGCCGCCGCCGCCGCCGCUGCGGAUGUGCGCUUCUCCGGUUCCAGUGUACCAGCUGAGCCCUGCCAGCCGAUGUCGGGACCACAGCGCCGUCGACACACGACCCACAUAGUUUCCCAACUUCAAGGACUGUUUCUCCCGCACCGCGGCGAUUCCAGAGCCAGCGGCAAGCUUCCGCUGGCGGCGGCGACGGCGGCGGAUGGAGCGGCGACCGGAAUUGGUGUGUACGGCGCGGCCGCAGGGCCGUACUCGCAAGACUUCGGCAAGUGCAUGAUCGCGCGUCAGCACGAUGUGUCUGAGCACAGUGCACAUUCCCUACCAAAAUGUACAUCUGCGCGGUGUACGGCAGCGCUGGGGUACGGCAGCAUCGGUUGGCCGGGGGCCCCCACCCACGACAGUCCAGAGCCGCUCCGAAGUGCAAUGCCGUAUCGUGUACGGUUGAGGGCGGCGUCGCCUCCGGCGUCGGCGCUGGCAUCGGCGCUGGCGUCAACGCCCUCUUUGCAAUCUGCCGAUGGUGUCGAUUUGAGCGCCGCUACCGACCUGGAGCUGGUCCCUUCGUCCCCACGGACGGCGCCGCGGACUUCGCCGCAAUUAAUGUUGCAGCCAUCCCCGCUGCCGUCACAGCUGCUGCCGUCGCUGCCGCCGCCGCGCGACUCGUGCAGGCCCUGGCCUGAGUCUCAUUGCAGCAACGCGGCAUCGUUACCUCCGGAGCCGUACAACAACACAGCGCCGCCCACCGACGACGGCGUGUCUAUUUUCCUGCUUCCGCUAGCCGCUGCGUACGGCAACCCAGGUCAGCCCACCCAGUCCCAGGGCUGGUGGCCGUCACUUCCGCCGCCACCACCGACGCCGAACCAGGAGACCGCGCAGACCGCCUCGCUACGCCAGGCGCUGCCGCCGCUGGUGCUGCCCGCCGACGCGUAUGAAGGGGCGGCGGCUCCGUCGUCGCCGUGGAGGGGCGCCAGCGCGUCCCGCCCGCCGAUGCUGCAGCUGCCGGAUAGCAUUUGGAACGGCUACAUUCGAUCCGUCGGCACUGGGAUUGGUACGGCAGCCCGAGACCCGUUUCCUCCGCACAGCAGAACAAGGGAGGAGGCGGCGACGGUGGCGGUGACGGCUCCGCCACCGCCGUCGGCACACCUCAACGGCAUUGGCGGCGGGGGCGGCGGCGGCGGCUUCCUGACACUUUGUGAGUUGCUUCAGCAGCAGUGGACGGUGGUGGCGGCGGAUCCCAACAAGGCUCAGGACCCAGGCCUGGGGGACCGGCAGCGGAGCUCGCGGUCGCGUACUUCUCCGUCGGCACGAGCACCGGAUGCUGCUGCCGCCGCCGUAGCCGCCGCCGCGGGUCCCGCUGGCGGCAGCGGCUGUAACGGCGGCGGCGGUGGCGGCGGCAGCCGCCGCGACGGCGUCACCCGGGUAGUGUUCCGCGGGCUUCGUGUACGGAUGGGGUUGCACAGCGGCGUACAUUCGUACCAGGACAUGGACCGAAACGCUGCCAGCGGGAGAGUGCAGUACAGAGGCGAGGUCAUCAACCGCCACCUAGCAGGUCGCCUCGUGCUGCAGCUGCGCCGCCGCCAGCUACUGCGCAAAGCCAUGGUGCUACGGCCGCUGGCGGGCGUACUGCACGCUCCUGUGAUGGGUUACGCCACGACGGCGCGGCUGUCUGUUGUCGGCGCUGCCGUACUGAUGGCGUGGGAUGCUGAUGUCACUCCACCGCAGCUGUCGGCGCUGCGAGAGACGCAUCCGCCUUUGGAGUCCGACGGGGGGCGGUUACAUGAUUGCUUGCUCCCUGUACGGCCAGGCCAGCGGCGGCGGGGGUACUUCUCGGAGUCCGGCACCCCCACCGUCGCGCCGCUCAACGCCGCUGCCGCCGCCGGCACCAUCAUCGCCGACGCGGCCGCCGAAGCAGCAACAGCAGCACCGACUGCCGUACUUUCAGAGGACACGGCCUGCAGCACGAUGCGUCCUGACGGAUGCGUGAAGCCUCGAGGGGAGCGCCGUACCUCGAUGCCCGGCGUCAUUCCGCGCCAGGACGCCGGCGGCAGCGGCCGCGGCGGCGGCGGUUAUACUGGCUCGCGUGGCGUCGUUGUCGGCGGCGGCAGCGGCACCGGUACGUCUGAGCGCCGCGUAUCCGUCGGCGGCGGCUCGGGACCAGCCAGCCGCGCGGGCCUCAUGACGGUGGUGCUGGAGGGUCCCCCGGACGCGGCGGUGAGGUGGCUAUUGGCCGCUCUGCAACGGCUGCGGGAACUGGACUGGCCUCCUGAGCUUCUAGAACAUCCCCUGGCCGAGGAGGUGGUGUUUGACUGGAUGAGGGCCGGCGACGGAUCCCGGCGGCAGCACCAUCAGCAGCGGCAGCAGCAGCAGCAGGCGGCGGUGGUGGUGUGUCGAGGGCUGCGCGCGAGUGGGGCGGUGGCGUGGGGGAAGUUGCGGGGCUGCCUGGCAGCUGGCAGCCUGGGAGGGCAGCUGACCUAUCGAGGCCGUGCGUGGACGGUGCUGCACAAAGCUGCUGCGAUCGCUAAGGCGGGGCAGGUGGCCACGGACUCCACCACGGCGGCCAUGUUACCCCGGGAGCUGGCAGCUCGGCUGGUAGUACGGCAACUGUGA